AAAGUGGGGGGAAUGAAGCCCACAAUUCAAAAUUCAAAUCUCCAGCGCCUCUCCCCUUUUCUCCUCCUCCACCUUCAAGAUCAAACCCAAACUCUCUCUCACAGAUCUAAAUCUUCACCUCCAUCCGCCAUCCGCCAUCCGCCAUGGACAAAUACGAAAAGCUUGAGAAGGUCGGUGAAGGCACCUACGGCAAGGUUUACAAGGCCAAGGACAAAACCAGCGGCCAGGUGGUGGCUCUCAAGAAGACCCGCCUUGAAAUGGACGAGGAAGGCGUCCCUCCCACCGCCCUCCGUGAGGUCUCCCUCCUCCAGAUGCUCUCCCAGUCCCUCUACGUCGUCCGCCUCCUCUGCGUCGAGCACCUUGACAAGAACGGCAAGCCUUUUCUCUACUUGGUUUUCGAGUACCUUGAUACUGAUCUCAAGAAGUUCAUCGAUUCCCACCGCAAGCCUCCAAACCCUAGGCCGAUGCCCCCCGCCCUCAUCCAGAGUUUUCUCUACCAGCUCUGCAAGGGUGUUGCGCACUGCCACAGCCACGGCGUCCUUCACCGGGAUUUGAAGCCUCAGAACUUGUUGGUGGAUAAGGACAAGGGGAUUCUCAAGAUCGCCGAUCUCGGCCUCGGGAGGGCCUUUACUGUUCCUCUCAAGAGCUACACUCAUGAGAUUGUCACGCUGUGGUACAGAGCUCCAGAGGUGUUGCUUGGCUCUACACAUUACUCUACCGGUGUGGAUAUGUGGUCUGUUGGAUGCAUUUUUGCUGAAAUGGUAAGAAGGCAAGCUUUAUUUCCGGGUGACUCCGAGUUUCAACAACUGCUUCAUAUAUUCAGGUUGUUGGGAACGCCAACUGAGAAACAGUGGCCUGGAGUUAGUUCUCUGAGAGACUGGCAUGUCUAUCCACAGUGGGAACCUCAAAACUUGGCACGUGCUGUUCCAUCAUUGGGACCUGAUGGUGUUGACCUUCUAUCGAAGAUGCUUAAAUAUGACCCAUCUGAAAGAAUCUCAGCUAAAGCAGCUUUGGAUCAUCCCUACUUCGACAGCCUUGACAAAUCUCAAUUCUGAAGUUGUUAUGUACCUAGUAUGAUCUAAUAACUUCUAGGAGCUUGUAGUCCUGUUGUCAACACUAAGGACAGGCUUUGUUUGUUGGAUGUUGGUGCAGUCAGUUGUUACCAUGAAGUCUGUCAUCGGCUCGGUGAUCUGAACUUUGUCAUAUUACAUCUAUAAAACUUCAAUGUUUCAUUUA